CGGGGCGCGCCGCCGGGGCGGCACGCCGUGAGCCGGCGGGGCUCGCGGCAUCACCGGGCCGCCGCCGCGCGCUGCUGACGCCGCCGAGCUCGCGGGCGGGCGCGCGGGUGCGCGCCUCUCCCGGCGCCACCGCCAUGUUUCGGCGGGCCCGUCUCACCGUGCGGCCCAAUGUGCGGCCCCCGGGCAGGGCCGCCGCCACCGGCACUGGCGGGGUGGACCCGGAGCCGCCGGAACCCCCAGGUUCGGACACCCCGGCGGCGGACGGAGCAGGGACCGCGGCGGGAUCGGCGGACGCGCGGCGUGCAGACAGUGAUGGCAAGGCGGAUAAUACCAGUGACGCCGGAGAAGCUAGUAAACCUGUAGAGAUGCUUACACAGAGAAGAAAACGUAUAUCCACCAUGCCAAAUCUUGUCAAACCCAGAGCUGGACCAUUGUCUGCUCAACGUUCUGCUCCAAAACCGCAGAGGCGAACAUCACAGGCUUCUGAUGGCAGUACUUCACUUCAGAAAGAUCCUUCCCCAUCAGAAAAGAGUAAUGUUGAAAGCUCUGUAAAGUCUCCCAUGCUUCCUGAGAAGAAAACACCUGUGCCACAAGUGCCACAGUUUUCACCACUAAAAAAAUCUGUGAACAAAGAGCAAGCUGUUGGUGUAGCUGCUCCAAAAAAUGAUGAUAGCUUUCAGAAGAAUGUACCCUCUCCUCUCAAGGAGAGACCAACACAGGAAAGAUCACGAACACAGGAGGAGAAGCAACCUGUGAAACCUUCCCCCGAGAAAGUCAGACGAAUGUGCUCUGACCACGAAAGGAUCCUCAAAGCUCGGAAAUUAAGAGAAAUGCUUAAAGAAGAGCUGAAGAAGGAGCGAAUGAAGAAGUUGAAACAUAGGCCUCCAGUAAUUGAAGGACGUUCUCCACCAGAUCGUUCUAAAAUGACCAUGAGAGACUUGAUAUACUAUCUGCCAGAAAACAAUCCUAUGAAGUCUUCAUUGGUAGAAGAGAAGAGAACAGAAAAAAGUUCUACACUGAGUCAAAUGAAAGAACAGGGAGAGAAAAGUACUCCUGAUCAUGAAGAAGAGGAGGAGGAGGAAGAAGAGAAUGGGGAAGAGAGUCAGGAUGGCCCACUUCUUGUUCCUCGUGUGAAAGUGGCAGAAGAUGGCUCAAUCAUUCUGGAUGAAGAAAGCUUAACUGUAGAAGUUCUAAGAACAAAAGGUCCGUGUGUUGUAGAAGAAAAUGAUCCCAUCUUUGAGCGUGGCUCUACAACUACAUAUUCCAGCUUCAGGAAAAGUUUUUACACAAAACCAUGGUCAAAUAAAGAAACAGACAUGUUCUUUUUAGCUAUCAGUAUGGUAGGAACUGACUUCUCCUUGAUUGGGCGGCUGUUUCCUCACAGAGCCAGAGCAGAAAUUAAGAACAAGUUCAAACGUGAGGAAAAGGCUAAUGCAUGGAGAAUAGACAAAGCUUUCAAAGAAAAGCGACCCUUUGAUUUUGAAUUCUUUGCCCAGCUCCUUGAGAAGGUCUUAGCAGAUGAGGAAAAGAGGAAACAAAGGACUGUUAAAAGCCAGAGGCCAAAAGAAAAAACAUCUCCAAGGCCACAGAAGAAGUCAAAAGCAAAAGUUGCCAGCACAGAUGCUGCUAAUGAUCAAGAUGAACUUCAGGAAGCUGGAAUUUCUGAUGCAGAAACAGAAGUAGAUGGUGUGACAGCUGAGAAAGAAAAUGAGGAAUCUUUGGGCAUUUCUGAACAGGCGGAAGAACAGGUUGCAUUAGAACCAGCAUUAGCAAAAAAGAAGAGAAAGAAGAAAAGAAAAGAUGAUCUUGAACAGGAAGUGGAGAAUAUUCCAGAAGAAAUGCCUGUUCCUUCAAAAACUGCUGAAGAAGGGAAGUCUUCUAAUAAAAGGAAAAAAGUGAUACAUGAUGCAAGCAGUGAUGGUCAUCCUACAUGUGAAGAAGAAGUGGAUUGUGCUAUUGAAGGAAAACAAAAUGAGACUGCUAUAACAGAAGAAGAGAGAUCAGAGUCCUGUUCACCAGUGAAUAACCAAAUGGAGAGAGAAGGUGUUGUCAAUUUAUGCAGCCUUGAAGAUUGCAAUGAUGUUAUACUAGAAGCAGAACCUGCCAAAUUGAGAUCCAGAGAUAUCAGAGAUGAUACAUCACAGGAAAGCCAGAUUCCAGAGUUACCAGUUUCAAAUAGUAGAAGCAAGGAAACACAAUCUGCAGAAACUACAGGAUCAAAGAAUGAAGAUACACAUCAUUCACAAAAAGCAGCUGGAAAUCAGAGUGCAUCAGAAGGUAAUUCACAGUCUGAAAUCAUGAAAACGGAAAAGUCAGCAGAUAGAAGGCGCUUGCAAAGACCUAAACCCAAUUUAGUGCGAUCAUCUGGAAGGAGGGAGACAGCAACACAAGACAAAAUGGAGGCCAAAACUUCUCAAACCCUUGCAAAUGCAGGUGAAAAGUGCUCUGAAGAGGACAGUAGAAGAAACAGAAAUGAAGCCACAGAAGUAGAGAACAGGGAUUUGAAUACUGCAUCUCAGGAACCUGAAAAAACUGCAAUUGCAAAGACAGUAGUUAGAGGAUAUCGACAGAGAUUUAAACCAAAUGUUACAAGAGCACCUGGAAGGAAAGAAGAGCCUGGAAAAGAUGCAGGAAAUGAUAAAAUAUCCCAUCUACAGCCUAAGGGGGAAACUGAGAAGAAUAAUGACCAAGGUAAUAGAUCAGAUGUUACCAGUGAAGAUGCUGCAGGAAAAGAUGACAAAAUCCCACAGGCAAUGUCUCAGUCUAAUGAGACAGCUGGUUUAAAAGAAGAUGGCAAACAGAUCAUGUUGAAUCAAACACCUCUAAAGAGAGGUAGAAUACAGAGACCAAAACCAAAUCUAGGAAGAGCUGUUGGAAGGCAAAAAGAACUGAUAGAUGGAAAAGAUCUUGAAGAGGAGACAACUGAAGGUGGAGAAGCAGAAAAAGGUGUCACAUACCAUCAAGAUGAAAACAACGAUCCCUGCCUCAUAAGUGAUUUAACAGUUCAUGAAAACAAUCAGCCAUUCAGUGUGACAUUAGAAGAUGUUUCUACAGAUUCUGAGAUGAACUCAAUAUAUAAAAGACAGUGUUUCCAAGAAAACUCUUCAAAAGCAGAAAGCUAUGAAAGUGAAAAGGAAUUGUCAGAUGUCUCGAAACAGGUUUCAGAUUCCAAUACUGGGGAAUCUCAUCCUCGGCAGAAAGAGGAGAAAACCCUUGCACCAUCAACUCGUCUGCUGAGGACACGAUUCCAGAGACCGAAGCCAAAUUUAAGAACAACUAGUAGAAAGGAAGUUCUGGAUGUAAAUAGUAAAGGUGCAUCACAGAAAGAUACCAACAAGGAAGAAAAUGUAACACAGUGCAACAGUGAAUGUAGCGUCCCUCCUGACACAGACAAAGAAGGAAAAUGUGAAGUCUUAAAUGCCCUAGAAUCCUUGGGAAAGGAGAAGUCACUUUGCUCUCAGGAGGUUUCUGAGAGUCCAAGUUGUAAGUCCCCCAAAACAUUUUCAAGAUCAGAGGAUGGUGAACCGGAGUUCUGUCUACCUGAAAUUAGCCAAGACGAUAUUUCUACUACUAUUGCAGGCACUCAAGAACAUCAACAAGCACCUCUUCCACCUAUCCAGCUGGCACGGAACAAGAGAUACAAGCCAAACUUGGUAAGAGCUGUUGGAAAGAAGGAGUUACAAAUACCAGUAAAUGAGAGGAAGAAAAAGCCUGAAGCAGAGCAAAAAGAUGAGCCUGACAAUACUGUCAUGGGUGAAAAUGAAGCUGUAUUGUGUCAAGCGAAUGUAUUGAACAAAGAGGAACAGGAACAAGAGGUGCCUCAAGUGUUCUCUGUUUCUGAAACCUCAGUGUCUGAACAAAGCAGUACUGAAAAAUUUACCUCCCAAGAAGGCAAGCUGAGUGCUCUGAAACCAGGACAAUUCAUAAGGAUUGAUUCUCUGAAAACUAGACGAAACCUAGAAAGAACAUACAGCAAAAAAGGAUCUCCAGUAGUACAAAAACUUUCUGUCCCAGAUGAAGAAGAAAUGAAUCAAGGAGAGAAUCUGCUUGUGGCAGAUGAAUCUGAAAACCCUCUCUCCUCAAAAGAUGACAUGGAGGUAUUGCUUGUGGGAAAUUUGUCUGAGAAUGACAAUCUAGACAUAAAUUCGAGAACCAUGACAUCAGGAACGCUUUGUUCUUCUAAAAAAUCACCAAACUGCAACAGCAAAAGAGAGCAAGAAGAGCGUUUGUCUACAGAUGCUAUAGGAAGCAUUCAGGAUACCACAGAAAGGUCUAAUGAUAAAUUAUGUUCUGGAGAAGAAAGUGAACAGAGAGCAAGGGAACCCUACUGGAACCCAAGGCCAGACCUAAUGAGACUUACUAGGAAAAGAGACUAUCCUGAAGAUAGUGAAAACAAAGAAGAAGACAACACUGAGAGAAAUGAACAAGAGCUUUUUGCAUUAUUAAAAACAGGUGUAUCAGGGCAAAAUUCCAGUAAUGAAGUGGAAGCUGGAUCCUUCUCAGAAGCUACAAGGAAACACAGUUUUGCAGAGAAUGUUGAAGUAUCUUGUAAGAGGAUCAGACAGGACAUCAUACUGCAGUCUCCAGGCAUAUCAUCAGAGAGUGAGAGUCAAGUAGAGCAAGAUAAUGAUUCUCAGCUUUCAACCUCAAAGGAAAAGCAUUCAGACAAUCUCACAAGAAGGCAGUUGAGGAGAUCAUCAAAACAGACAGCACUGCCAGAACAUGUGUUGGAGCCAAGAACUUCUUCUGCCUCUGAAUUUGGGGCUGAUAGCAGUAAGAAGGGGAGUCAAAGGCAAGAAGCUAAACUGAGUGUUACCAGAGACAAAAGUUUGAAAACUACACAGAGAAGAAAAUCUGGGAAGGAACCCAGAAGUUCAAAGAUAACCUUUGUCACCCUCCGGGCUUCUCAGGACGAGGAGGAGGAGGAGGAUGAGGAGGCAGAUGACUUUGAGCUUGAUGAUGAAGAUCAAUGCUUUGCAUCAGAGGAAGUAAACAAGGCUCCAGUGUUUGUUCCUAUAGGUCUUCGAUCUCUGAAACCAAUCGUGCAGAUACAGGAAACCAUGGAGGAGCUGGAAAUACCUGUGAAUAUCCCAGAUAUGCAAGUGACUACUGAUGCUGAAAGUCUUUCUUGUGCUUCAAUGCAACCAGUAGUACAGGGGGAAGAAAAAGAAACAGCCAUACGUGAGAAUCCAGAUGUGGACAAAGGAAUUAACGAUGGAAGCACUGAAGCUGCUAUGACUUUACUUGCAAUGGGUGAUCCAAAUUUCCAGUUGAAAGCAAGCACUGAAGAACAGACACAUAUGUCACCUGCUCAAAAUGACUUGGACACAGCUGAUAGUGCUGUAAUUCAUGCCUACUCAAAAGAAAACAGAACUUCUAGUCAGUAUUCACUUGCUUCAGCCGCUUCUAUCAAGGAAUUGCUGCCUUCUGAAGAUGGAAGCAACAUCAAUGUAGAGCAUCAAAUCACUGGCACGAGAAUAGGUGUAGAUCAAUAUUCAGAGAUGGCUGCUACUGAUACCAGUGGUAGCUAUUUGCCUGUGGUGAAUAAUAUGAGACUGACAGGAGGUGGACACCUGGAGCCUGAGCCAGCCUCUGGAAUAUCAAGGUCCAAUGAAAACAUAAUGCAGGAGAUACUUACUGCAAAUAUGCUUGUGGAACAACUGGAACAAAUUCAAACUGAUCCUACAACCCUGAGGGGUAAUGCAGAAAUGCAGGUCAAACCAGAACCAAUCAGACCAGCUGCAGAUAAUUCUUCAGUUCUUCAUGAGUUUGCAACUGGAAGUAUGGAACUCACCAAGCAAGUAGACAAAACUGAGAGAACAGAAAAGCAGAUAAGAGAUGCUUGUGGAAAUUCAGGAGAUCUAAGACAUUUAAGUGCAUCACCAAAACCUGAAAAAUCACGCCUUGGACUAGAAGAUUGUCCAAAUCCAAGUUCCAUGGAUGAAUUGUCUCAGCAAAGUCCUUGUACUCUUGAGCACCAUAUAUGUACAGUCAACUUUACUCAGAAUGAAGCUUGUUCUCAGGAUGCUCAACAACAGUGUGUAAGCAGCACAGAAGAAACUUCAGUAGUGAAUGAUGAUCAUAGAUGUCCCGAGGAAGAACAAACAUUCAUUUUAACAUUGGUGGAAAUCCCAGCUGAUUCAAAAGAGUUUGAUGUAUCUGCUAUGGUGGAACAAACUUCAGAACCAGUACUACCAGCCCCAAUAUUUAUCAGCUCAAUAAAUGCAAGUGAAACAACUGUGACUGAAGUGGAGAGUGUUGGAUCCUUGACAACCGCAGCUGAUGAAGUUGCUGCACCUUUCAACAGCAGUAUGGAAACGAAACAGCUAGAGAGUGCAGUAGACCCUGUUCCAAAGUUGCAGACAGCUCAAAAACGGUUGGCUGCUGAGCUUAAAGAAAAUGAUUUUCCUCCUUCCAAGAAAAUUCCAUCUACUGUUGCAGUGGAAGAUAACUUGGAAACCACUUACAAGGGUUAUUCAAUUGAAUCCACAGAUGUGCCAGUGGUAACUUCUGACAAUCCUUUUCAAAAAACAGAGUCUUCAACAAAGCAGGAAGUACUUACUUCUGUGUUGGUGUCUCAGUCUAUCUCACAAAUAGCUGAGAGAAGCCAGCUUGAGACUUUGGAGUUGUUAGGGAAAGCAUCACUUGAGAAUCCAGCAUCGAGAAAGGAAGAGGAGGUUAUGUCUAGAUUAACCUCCAACAGAAAAGCAGAAAUAAGUGGACAAGGAAUGCAGGAUAAUGUGCAUGAAUCUGCACAGUUGGAACAUACUGGAAGCCCAGCAUCAUCUUCAAAAACUCCAUUACUCAGGGGUGGACGAAAACCGUUGGGAUUUUUAUCUUUAAUUUGCAAAAAAAGUAAUUCUGAAUCAGCAGAAGAUACCAAAGGGAAUAGAGGGAAGCUCCAAAAGCCUCGAAUUGUGACUCCAAAACGAAGUCUAAAGAAACCCACUCCAUCCACUAAGGAUGACAGGGAAUCUUGUUCCUUUCCCUCUAGUUCAUCAUCUGUGGAGCAGGAGCAUGUAGCUGCUGAUGCUGCAGUUACGGUUCCAAGUAACGACUCAUCUGAGAAGCCACGUCUCUGUGCUAAAGAUCAAGAGAAGGAAGGGGAGCCAACCAAAAUCUCUGAGUACUUUUUUAGUGACAUCUUUAUGGAAGUGGAUGAUUCAGAAUAGCAAAUAGGUUUUAUAAAAACCUAGGAUCACAGAAUAUACUGCAGCAAGAAAAGAGUAUUCUAAAAGUUCCAGUUUGUUCUGAUAUUAAUUUUGCCACACUUACUGUCAACUAAUUACUCUUGUUAAUUAAUGAUGUGAAGAUGAAGUGGAUUCUUUCUGAAGCAACCCCGGGCACUUCCAAAAUGCUGACAUAGUCUAAAUCACUACAGUGAUGUCAUUGGACCAGGCUACUGACUGCUGGCUUAUGGUUUCAUUUGUUUAGACACUGAUAGUGGGUGCAUGACUAUCCUGUCAUGCAGUGCAUGAAAAGUGCAAUGAAAUAAUGUUUAAUCUUGCAACAAGUAUACUUUUCCGUAUUAAUGCUAAAGCUUUUUGGUACUGACUAUUCAAAUUCUUUACUUCUUUUUGUGAAGUAUGUUACGUUAGAAGGAGGAAUGAACCUUUUGGGUACAAUGUAUUAUCUGAAGAUCAGAAUGAAAAUACUGGAAGUAGUGUAGUAAGUACAUACAUACAUAUGUCAAGCACUGCUUGUAUUUUUAUUAGAAUCUCCAAAUUAUGUAUUUUUGUAAGAGUUUUUAAACUACAUAAUUUAAAAGAUCCUAACCUGAAAAGCCCAAUAGGAUUGGUUCCUUAAAAAUAUGUUGAAAACUCAAAAAGAGUUUUCAACAGAGUUAGAAGAUGAUAAUACUCGGAUGAGGUUAUUGUUUGCAAACUUUUUAAUCACUUGGAGGAAGAGAUUGAUGUUUCUUAGUAUAAAUCCUUAUUUUCUUCUAAAUUGGAAAACAAAGCUAUAGAUAGAGUUUCUUUUCCUUGUUUUUACAUGCAGUUGUUUGUAUAUUUUCUGACUUCCUUGGUUAGCCUUGUGCAAAGUAGCACAAAGAGAUUUGAUUUAAACCGUGAUUAUACAAUGUCACUUUUGAGGAUUUGCUGCUUUGAAGCAGUUGAAUUAAAAUAGUUUUCUCAUGUUGCAUGUCUGCUUGUACUGUAACUUGGUAUAAAAUUCUAGUGUAGCUUUAGAUUUUUAGUCUAAGUUUUUACUUACCUCAUCAAGAAAUUUGUCAUGAUGAGGUAAUUAGGUUUAUGCACUCUCAAAGUCAGGUGGUCACUGAUGAAAGGUUCAAUAUUUAGUCUGAAACUCCUGCUUGCAUGAGCUUGAGUAGUCUUAAAAUUUUUCCCAUUACUUCACAUUUGCAGGUACUUUUGCAAAAUGAUUUAUUAUGAAGGUGAAACUGAUGUUAAAUGAUAUUGUAAUGCUCUUCAGAAACCUAUCAUCAGGUUUGGACUGGGUAAUCCUUUAAUGGCAGGUAAAUAAUGUAAGCAUGUAGUUAAUUUUGAAAUAGUUGAUGAAGUUUGAGAAUGUUUUUCUUUUCAGAAGUUAUUGGCAAGGCUUCAGAAGGAACCUUUAAAAUUUUGUCAGAGAGGAAAAACACAGAAAAAAGCUAUUGUUACUGCAAACUGAUAGGUUAGCUGGCCUCAGCCAAUGAAAUGUUACUAGCAGCAGUAUUCUUUGAGGUGAUGGAAAAGCGACUCAUGGUCCCAAAAUAGAGUAAUUUAAUUGAAAGCAUUACUGAUCAACCCACAUCACCUCCCAAAAAACCCUCUAAAACACCAACAGUUUCUGUUCAGAUGGUAUCUUGUGCUUUGCCUAAUCCGUUUAACUUGAAAUGUUUAUCUAAGUAUUGUUUUACUGUAAACAUUAUGAAAGAGAUUAAUGUAUACAUGUAACUCUAUGUAUUGUAUAUCUUGUAGAUACUAAGUAUGCAAGUGUUUACUUCCUGAAUAAGUGUGGCAUGUUUAUAUCACUUGCACUCAUAGAGCCUAAAAAUAGAUUCUUGGGGAGUGGCUAUGAAAUAAUUGCUGUGAGUACCUUCUGAGUGAGUUCUGAGGGGAUAAUCAUUCUGCAUUUAGUUGCAUACAUUUUAGCUUACAUUCAUGUUACAAGGGGGAAAAAAUGAACUACUUCAUUACUAAGAUUUAUGGUGCCUUAUCCGCAUUGUUAACUGGGGCUAUACUUUCUCUUUCCUUGCAGCAAAUUACAUGCACUUUGUUUGAGGAUUUUUUUUUUAAGAACAAAUUUAAUUUUAAUAGAAAUAAGACAGUUUUGUGUUUUGUUUUGUGUAUGGAAGUUUUAUAAUGAUGAAGGAUGUAAGAAAAUAUGUUAAUCUCCAUGUGUAUGAGUAGCAUUUUUACAAAGAUGUGGCAUAAAACUGCUUUGCUCAGAGUUGUCUGACACCGUGUAUCAUCACAUAUAAGUUUUCUGUGUCAAAGGCAGUAGUCCGAUUCUAUAUGUAAAUUAUGUGAAUAAAUUAUUUUCUUUUA